UUCACUUAUACACAAUCCGUGAAUACGUAAGUAUGCGUUUGUUUUUAUAUUUUGUUAAUUUUUGUAUGAAACUGGUUCCGCUCUUUCAGGACUAGCGUAAUUUUGACUAAAACAGGAUAGUUGUCCGUCGCCCGCAUAUUUAUCGCCAUCUGGCUUGCAUGAACAACUGGUAUUAAAGGAAAACAGUGUGCGCACCUAACGAUUUUGAACGAAUUUUCACCAAAUCUCUUUUUUCUUUUAGUUUGAAAUCUUCCAAGAUACAGGACAGGCUUAUUUGUGAGAAAUUGUGUUAUCAUUUUUAAAUCGCACGCGUUUAAAGCAGGUGGUCAAAUAUUGUUAAAGCUUUGAAAACGAUAAUUAUUGCAUUGAACUGCGCCUAGUCUACACAUAUUUCCAAAAUGUUGAAACUUAUUUUACUUAUGGCCAUGGGCUUAGGUGCUAUGUAUAUGGUACACUUGCUUGCUCAGGACUACAACAAAAUUCGGCAACCGGUCGCUGCUGCCGCUAGAGCAAUUGUAAGUUCUAGCAAUCUGAGAACUCGAGCGAAGCGAGAUAUUUAUGAAAAUGUGACAAACACAACUACUCUCAAUAUUGACUGGAAAAUAAUUUUGUCACGAGACCCAUUUGAAUGCCUGCAAUCGCUGAUAUGCCAACUAAUGUCAGGAGCAGACACUCAUUCUCUUGAGGCCAAGUUGUUAAUGGAAUUUCUCGAAAAAACGGUAGUGUCGGCACCAGUGGAAGUUCAAUUCGCCUUUAGUAGAGGAUUAGCCUUGCAUGGCUCAACCGAAACUUGUUACAAUGUAUAUCCAUUCUGCAUAUAUUCUGCAAAAACUAUGUUAAGAGUUCUAAGAUGGUUUGCGGAGUCGCCGACUGAAGACAACCCUUAAUUUAAGUUACAAAGAAAGAAAAAUCAAUACCAAAAGUAUAUUUUUAAACGAUUUCACUAAUAUUUUCUUGUUGAUGUAAAUACAUACAGACAAUAAUAUACUAUGAAAAUCAAAUUGAAAAGCUACUUAUAUACAUUCCGUUUAACUUUUAGUCCGUUCCGUUUAUAUUUUAGUAUGUAUUAGAGCCCUCCACUUAUAGUGUUUUAAAUGUCUUGAAACAAUUCUCAUGCCAUAUCUCGAUUUUUCUUAGUUUAUUCCAGUUUUUUUCGAUAUUGAUGUAUGUAUGUAUGUAUAUGCAUAUCAAAAUAAUUUUUGUUGUUUUUUAUUUUUUUAUUACAUUUCAAUUGUGCUUAAAUUGAAGAUAGCUUACGUUCUAUAUGUCUUCAUAUUUAUCGGAAAAAUUUUAAAGCUCAGCCAUACAGCCUCUUUUCUUGCGGGAUUACAAUUAGUUUUAAGGCACUGUUAAUAUAUUAGUAACAAAAUAUUAUGUUAUAUGCAUGUAUGUAUGUAUGUAGGUAAAAUAUGUCUUGACCAAAUCUAAACCACAACGCUU